CGUUGCGGAAGGGGCAGUCUCCCCUGCUCUCUCAGUCUGCGCGGGUGGAGUUGGUGUCUGGGGGUCCCCGGGCUGCAGCCUGCCCUGGGCCGUGGAAUGCGGGUUGGUUCCGGUGCCCCGCUCAGGAGGGCGCCAUGGUGCAGCUCUACAACCUGCACCCGUUCGGCUCGCAGCAGGUGGUGCCCAGCAAGCAGGAGCCGGCGCUGUUCUGCUGCGGCCGGGGUGCGCUGCUGGUGGCCUGCGCGGCGGCCGGCUGCAAGGUGGAGGCGUUUGCUGUGGGCGACCAGGAGCUCUGCGAGCCGCUCGGCUGUUUCAACACGCUGGGCCGGGUGCUGCACAUGGCUUACAGCGAGGCGGGAGAUUAUUUGGUGACAAUAGAGGAGAAAAACAAGGCCACCUUCCUACGAGCUUAUUUGAAUUGGAGAUGCAUGUCAACAGGGAACACUCGAGUUUGUGUCCGGAUGAUGGGUCACAAGAUGGAAGAGUCAUACAGUGAAUCUUCUAAAGUCCAGAUGUCAAUUGUGGAAAUGCCUCUUUCAGAUCCACCAUUGUGCAUUUCGUGUUGUCCUGUAAAUGGAGAUCUUCUUGUUGGCUGCAAAAAUAAACUGGUCAUGUUCUGCUUGAAAUAUCAUGUCAUAAAUCAGGAUCUGACUGUACUGGAUUUUGAACUCUCCUUAAUUUUGCACAUCGAUAAUGUCACCCCUACAGAAGUAGCAUUUUGUGCGGGGUACAUAGCUCUAACAACAGAGUUGGAUGUUUUAAUCCUGAAGCUGGAACCUGUUCAUAAAGGUGCAGAUAAUACUGAUCUAUGUGCAGAUAAAGUCAAAGCACCAGAAAAGCUUGUAGAUGAAGGUGUAAAAGAUGAAGUUCCUUCAGCCUUUUCUUCCCAGCUUGAGUCGGAUGACUUUGUCAUCUGUCAGAAGCCCAUGGAACUACUUGGGGAGGAAAGCAGACUAUGCGGAGUACUGGUAACACUGGAAUCAACAGGGUUAGCUAAGGAAGACACAGAAUAUUUCCAAGUGCGGUACCUCCUAUACAGACGUUUUACUCCAGAUCUGUCAUCUUUCGUCUUCUCUAUUGAAGAGUCCAAGUUGCACUCUCUUCAGCUACUGCCUAUGUAUCAGACAGGAAGUUCCAUGGCAGUCGAUGGAAAAACUGCAGCCAAGAAAGAAUUGCUGAGUGUCUUCUGUUUUUUCUCCUUGCCGCAUGCUGGGUAUCUCUAUGCUGUUGGGAGCUUAGUAGAGCUGCUUUCUACCUAUCAGUACUCGGAAAAAUCUCAGCAGGCAGUUCUUACCUCACAAUUCCUACAUGUUAUUACAAGUAACAGCUUGCAGUGUUUCACAGUACGAUGCAGUGCAGCAGCAGCUCGUGAGGAGGAUCCAUACAUUGAUACAACCAUGAAGGCUUGCCCACCUGUGUCUCUAGAUGUCUGUACAUUAAGAAUGCAGCUUUUUAUAGGGCUGAAAGCUAUUUGUCACUUCAACAACCAUGUAAUUCUUCUGACUAAGGCAGAUAGUGAAGAUAUUACUGAAAGAAGAAAGCCUCCAAGAAGGGUCCUUUCCAGAAAGGCUGACAGUGUCAAACUCAAGACUCCACCCGAGUCUGAACCUGGCUGGAAUUUAUAUAUUGUGAACACUAUUUCAACCAUUCAGCUUUAUAAAGAAAUGGUAGACUACAGUAAGACAUAUGAAAAUGUAAGAACAGAGAGUUGCAUCCAUCUUCUAAGUGAGGCUCACUUGUUAGUCAGAGCAGCUCUAAUGGACCCCAGUCUGAUAGACUCAGAAGAGAAAGAGAAGCUCCUGGCAGCAUUCAGAGAAAGUUGUGCUCACCUAGGAGACUGUUACAGCAGGUUUGACAUAAAGGAUUCCCAUCUUGCCCUGCCUUACUACAAGAUGUCUGGCUUAUCCAUAACUGAAGUUUUGAAGAGAAUAGACUCAGUGGUAGAGGGUGGAACACAGAAAUACGAAAAAGGAUUUAUCUUUUACUUAAAUCAUUCUCUUUAUGAAGAUUUAAAUGAAGAGUUAAGCAAAGAAUCAGCAGCCAAAGUGCUCCAAAUAUUCUAUCUCGCUGAACCAAACCAGCUGCCCCAUGUGCUCUGCAGUUCCUGCAUGAAGAAUGUAUGUCCCUUGAUGGCAAUGGAGCUUUUGCAGAAAGUGGAACUGAUUGUGCCAUCAGUGGUAUUGACGCUAACCAAAGCUGCCAUGGCUCUGAAAAAGGGAGACCUAGAGGCAUAUAAAAAUGAGAUGGACUGUUUUACAGAGAUGAGACUGGCAUAUGGCUUUAUUGGGGAACCAAGACUUCUGAGGCAGCAGAGAGAAGGGCGGAUUGUUCCAACCGAACUUGCUGUUUACUUGAAGGAGACGCGGCCUGGGUUGCUGGUGGCUUCGAUGUUGGCUUUACAUGAAAACAGUAAAGUUGAAUUGGAAGAAGCAGACUCUUACUUUGAGAUGCUUUGUGGGAAGAAUGAAGAUACUACCCCUCAGCUCUUAGUAGACUUCUGGGAAGCCCUCCUUGUAGCAGGCUCUGAGAAAGAAAUACUCCAGGAGGUCUUAUUCAAGCUUACUUCACAGUACAUUUGGAGACUAUCGAGGAAGCAGCUUCCUGAUACCAAACCACUGAAAACAACAGAGGAUCUGAUAAACUCCUGUAAUCAUUAUGGGUUAAUUUUCCCUUGGGUGACCUUCAUAAUGUCAUUGGGACCUGCAUGUGAUAAGUAUCCUGAAGAUCUUUCAAAACUACAGUCUCUUUUAUGUGGUCCAUCAAUCGACAUAGCUUCAGUUCUGCCGUUCUUGGAGCCAUUAUCCGAAGACAGUAAUGCUGGUCUCAGUGUCCAUGUUCUUUGCACUACGGGGGUAGGAGACUAUGAGAAAUCCAUUGACCAGCUCCUAGAGAAGUGUCCUGAAGCACUCAUACCCUAUGCCCAGCAUGAGCUGAAAGAUGAAAAUCGGGCUCUCUGGUGGAACAAACUGCUUCCUGAACUUUGUAAACGAACCAGAUAUGUUGGAGAUGACUACUCCAUUCUCAUCUCAUCGCUGAAAGAAACUUUAUCAGUGGUUGCCAUGGAACUGGAACUAAGGGAUUUCCUUAAUGUUCUACCGGAGGAUGGGACUGCAGCAUUUUUCCUGCCACAUCUACUUCAGUGCAGCAAAAGGAAAUUGGUGACUUAAACACAAUGAAAAAUGUGGACUUGAAAGCACUGGAAUAAAUAGGCAAAACUAAAUGGUGGAAUUGUACAUGAAGUAUUGUGGGAGUCCAUCUACUUGCAAACUACCUGGGUAUAUUGUAAAAACUGGCCUUAUUGUAUAAUAAGAAGACAAUCACUACUUGAGGUAGAGUAUCAAUUUUGUAAAUGAAAGAAAAGCGUUCCCAGUGAUAAAAUGUCACUGAUACUGGCAAAUCGAAAGAAUCCCAGUUUAUCCUAUGGAACUGAAUAUUGUGUUAUUCAGCAAAAUAGUUGACGAAGUUCAGACAUUUCCUGAGUGAGAAUGUGUAUUCUUCAUGGAGAAAAAUAUAGCCAGAAGGAAUAUUGUACUACUUAAAGUUGCACAAAAUUCUAUCCCACUAUAGUGUUCAUGUAAAAGGUGAAGCAGGGAAUGGAAGCUGUCACUCCUGGAUCCCAUGUCUUCAGCUAGUUAGGCCCCAAUCCACAAAAUACGUAAGCUCAUGGGUGUCUUUAAGCAUGUGCGUAGUCUUAUUGACUUGUUCUUCCAACUGGAAUUUCUGGAGACUUGUCAUGGACUUAUAGAUAUGCACAUGCUUGAGUAGUUCAAUUGAAUUCAGGUUGGAAGAACAAGUUAAGGGGACUGCUUGCAUGCUUAGAGUUCUGCACAUGGACAAGACUUUGCUGGAUCAAGUCUUAUUCAUCAAAUGUGUAGAAAGUGGUUCCCAAGAGAAAUAACUAUCUUUCUGUAAGUAGGUCACAGAUGUUUUCUGCUGUUCAUUUCCCCUUCUCCCAUCACUAUAUUCAGUCUCUAAUGGACAACAAGCAUCUUCACCUCUGGUUCACUUCUUUCCAGCUACAUUAUUUUCUAGAUGGCCCACCAAACUAGCUGUCUUAUGUCUUUGUUUUUACCAUGUAUUUUGAAAAGGGGUCUCUCAAUUACAGAGUCAUUUUUUCCCCUCUGUUCUGAGUCGAAAGACCAAGAAGGCAUUUCAACUGCAAUACAAUUGGGAAAAAAACUACUGUCAUAAUGAUUGUAUGAACAGUGAUAAUUAAGGUUGAGUAUUUCAUUUUCAUUGUAUUAAACUGUUUUCCAAUA